ACGUUUAAUUACCGUUGCUUGCGAACUCUCAUUUCUUAAUUUUCGACACGGCUUUUCUUUCGGUUAUUGCACUUUCUAAUACGUUCGACUCGGCUAUAUUUUGCAGUUAGUCAGUAGCCAAUAAUCGCGUGUAAGCUGGUCGAGUACACAUAUUUGUAACAGGAGAAAAUUAUGAUGCCAAGAACAUUAACAAUAUAUAUUUUACUAAAAGUGUUAAUAUUAAUGAGAACAACUAUUACGUUCUCAAAGGAUCUGGAGGACUUGGAAAAUAUUGAGAAUUCGGAUAUCCCAUUCUUCGAGUUCAUCACAAUUCAUGAUUACGUGUCAUCAAAAAUCGACUCUGUCCAGAAUUAUUCUGACAAUGUGACUGUGCAAAAUGAAGUCGUGCUCCAGGAAAGCAGUAUACUAGAAAGCAUUCCAAGCGAACCGACAUCUCCUAGAGCAUUCGUAGAAUUUGGCAAUAGACUAACUGAGAAAGACAUUUUUGUGACAUUCAGAUGGAACGAACCUAAAGUGACAAUUGGAAAGAUACAAAAAUAUAGUGUCCAAUAUUGGUUCGAAGACCUAAAUCGAACAAUUAAAAUCAUUAAUAUUUUCCCAUUGUCAAAUAGAAUAUUGCAACAUAAAAUAUGCGAUUUAAAACCUAAUACAACCUACUACUUCAAAGUACGAGCACAUAACAAAUUUGGUGCUGGUCCUUACACUAAGUGCAUCAACGUGUCAACCACACAUGAGAAUCCGGUACCUCUAUUACUCGAAAUGCCGAUGGAUACACAAAGUGUGGAUGUAUUGGAUAUAGAUUUUCGGAUCGGCUUUAAACUUCCCGUACACGUUAAAUAUAAAGAAAUCGUUUACUCGGCAUUGGAACAUAAAAUUUAUGGGAUUACUGACAAUUCAGAGCUAAUAACAUCGGACUUUAAUCAAAACGAAAUCAAAGCCAAUCUAAAAUACACAAAAAUAACAAAGCUCGACGUCACUGCGAACAAUCUCUGCAUCGAUUGGAUUCGUAGAAAUCUUUAUUGGCUACAAAUUAAAAUGGACAAUCUCUACAUUAUGAAGCUAGACUUAACUUUGUGGGAACAAAUGGGCAUGAACAAAUCAGAUGAAAUCAUAACAAAAUCUCUAAUAUCUUCAAGAAUAUAUUCUUCUCUCUUUUUAGUAGCACUGCCAUAUACAAGAUAUUUAUAUUGGUCAGAACUUAAUUCGGACAAAAAUGAAAAUAUCAUAAUGCAAUCGGACUUCAAUGGAAAAAAUAUAAAAUCCUUUUUAGAAGACCAUAUAUGUCAAUACAAACUAGAAUUAUCAUCCUUCAUGCAGAUUGACACAACGAAUGUCGAUAAGCCACUAAUAUAUUGGAUAUUGGAAAAUAAUUUAUUCGUAACGAAUAUUAAUGGUUCCAAAUGUAACCUCAUUUUAAGAGCUACAAAUAAAACAUAUUUCGAUGAUUUAACAAUUGAUAAGAUAAAUAUUUAUUUAUACAAUAAUUCUGACAAAAUAAUCUAUAUAAUAAAAAAAAGGUAUGCUCUUCUCGAAAGCAAAGAAAACGCAUUUGAAAGUGUCGAAAAAAUAAAUAUGCAAGGUAUCAAUACUAAUAUGUAUCAUCGAUUAAUAGCUCUUGAUAAAUCUUUACAAUUAUAUCCCCCGACGAUAUGUCUGACACCUAAAAUGGAAGAUUAUCGUGUUGAAGAAGUGCUUUUAAACGCAAACAGUAUCGAGGUGAGUCUUCCGGAACCGAUUCUAAAUGUUGGAUGCAAAAAGUACAACUUAGCCACCACAAUAUAUUACAUUUCCGUGAGUUAUUUAACAUGUUUGGACAAUGACAGUAUUCAAAUCGAGCAUUUUAACGUCAAGACGUAUGAACGGCAUUACGAAAUCCAGAAUUUAACGCCAUUCACAGAAUACACGGUGAAACUGGCAUUGAGCAAUUUUUACGUCAACAAGUUAUCGAUGAGCUUAUUGCAAUUCGGAUCGAAUGUCAUACUGAAAACUAUCCCGGGCAAACUCAACGCCCCGGAUGUGACAGUUCAAGUUCUAACGCCUACUUUGGCGAUAAUCCAUUGGAUGCCACCCAAGAAAUUAAACUGCGUGGCCGUGAAUUACGAGGUGUAUUGGUUGCUAUUUCCAAAUAGCACGAAAAAAAUAAGUUAUCAACUUGACAAAAAACUGAUAAAUAAACCGAACCGUACGGUAAAUGGAAAGCUUUUCACGAUAAUCAAAUUGCUGCCAAGACAUAAUUAUCAGAUAUAUGUACGUGUAUAUCCAACCAACUUCAGCCAUUUAUUCGAAGAUAGUUUAAUUAAAACGGUUUACAUGUCGGAACCGAAUAAUUUAAAUCUGAAUGGAGUCAGUACAAACAGUAUGAAUAUCUCGUGGAUUUCUAGCAUUAAUCUGACGAUUCACACUGAAUUCCGUUCCAUACUGGAAUACAAAAACGAUACGAUGCGAGAGUGGCAAAUCGCAAAUAAUAGUGAAAAAAAUAAUAAUAAUAUGACGUAUAACAUAGAAAAUUUACAGCCGCAAACUUUAUACAAAUUCCGUUUGAUCCUAAGGUAUCCCGAAUACAUGAAGGAUUUUGUAUGGCCUGAAAAAGGAGUAUUUACUUUCAAAACGAAUGAAUCGCUCAACAUAUCAUCUAUGCCAUACCUAACAUAUCUAUACAUUUGCCUACCAAUAAUAAUAAGCUUUGUCUCUACCAUCAUAAUCUCUUAUAUUUACUACUUUUACUAUUCAUACCGACUACGCAAAGAAAAGAACAAACAAGUUCUAUCUUUGAUCAACGAACCUGCUUUAACACGUUCAUGUAACAUGUCUUGCGAGAAAAUUGAAGAUAACAUCAUAUACACUCCAAGUUUGCCAAAUAAUUCAGACGAAAGUCUCAUAAUAGAAAAUAAGCUAAUUAUCUCAGGAGAACUUAGUCUAGACAACGACAAUUUCGAAGAGGUGUAUCGAGAAACUAUCGAAAAUUUUACAGAGUCAGAAUCAACGACGGUCGACAUUAAGAGGCUAUCAAAAAAUACUAUCCCAGAAGAAGAAAACGAAUUCUCGAAAAAACCCAGGUCAAUUUGGGAUCUGAAGGAAUUUGCAUCGACUAAAAGCGAACCACGAACAAUGCAAAUUACUCUAACAAUACUUCUAGGCAGAGGCGAAUUCGGACAAGUAUUUAAAGGAACCGUAAAAAAUUUAAAUGAUUUGAAAAUAACGCCUGUUGCCAUAAAGAUGCCAUCAGAAAAUGCCACUCUGCAAAAGAAAGACGAAUUCUUGAAAGAGGCCAAACGUAUGAGCAAUUUUAACCACAAACAUGUACUAAAAAUGUUGGGCGUUUGUAUUCACAUGAAUUCACCAUGGCUCAUAUUGGAAUUAAUGGAAGCCGGUGAUUUACUGACUUAUUUGAGAGAGAUUCGGGUAUUGAAACCGUCAGAUCCGCAAGCUUUGCGUCUACAAGACUUGCUUGCCAUGUGCGAAGAUAUUGCUCGGGGUUGUCACUACUUAGAAGAACAACGCUAUGUACAUAGAGAUCUUGCGUGUCGAAAUUGCUUAAUAUCGACGAAAAAUCGCGAACAUCGUAUCGUCAAAGUCAGCGACUUUGGACUAACGAGAGAUAUUCACGAAAAGGACUAUUACCGUAUGAAAGGAGAAAGCCCGCUUCCCGUUCGCUGGAUGGCACCGGAAACUUUGAGAAAAAAAUAUUCUUCACAAAGCGAUGUUUGGUCAUUCGGGAUACUAAUGUGGGAAAUUACAUCAUUGGGUCACCAGCCCUAUGCUUUCCUAGAUAAUUGCCAAGUAAAAGAAUAUGUGUGUGCGGGAAAUAAGUUGUUAAAACCUCGUAACUGUCCAGAUGAAUUGUACGAGUUGAUGCAAGAUUGCUGGAAUGUUGUGAACAAAAGGCCAAACUUCGGAUUUUGUCUAGAAAAUAUAGAAACUCUAAAACUCGACGUAGAAGAUGAUGCGACGCUGAUUCCGUGGGAUAGUAGCAAACAUCUACAGGUUCAGUUUCACGAGAAAUCCGAAUACACUAUUCUGAUAGAACUUGUCUGAAGCACAGUCGAGCGUACGUUCCAAACAUUCAAUCACUAUACUGAUAUGCCUCAAAUAAUGUCAUAGAUAGAUAUAUAUAAUCAAUUUUAUCUUUUUUGACCGAACGAUUUUUGAGAUCUUUGAUCGACAAUUAAUAACCACCAAUUUUAUCGUCGUUGUUAAAUCAUCGAUAGUCAUUAUAUAUAACAUGUAUAACUAAAUACAAUAAUAUAAUAUGUGAUAAUAUCUUUAAUUAUUCUGUUUAUACUAUCACCAAUAAUAUUCGUCCAAUUUCUUUGUCUAAUAAAAAAAAGUCACAUUGCAAAUUUUCUCACUUAUGAGCGCUCGAUUGAGAUCGUGAAAAUAACUGACUUUAUAGAAGAAAAUAACGGAGAAGAAAAUGGAAGAGAAGCAGAAUUAAAGAUAAACAUUUUAUGAAAAUCUUAUUUCUAUUGUAAUUUAUGUAAUAUAUAUUGUAUAUUUGUAAAAGUAUUCUUAUAUAACACGCGCUUUAUGUUUGUGCAAUGUAAAUUUUGUCUUCUUUAAUGUCGGUAAGCUGACAAAUAUAUAGGCAAUAAAAAUUAUUCGAUUGAUUUUAA